CAGACGCAUCCUCCCCAUUCUGUAAACCACGACCAGAAAGCCGCUGGGAUAUUUUGCCUGUGCAUCCUCUGUAGCUGAAAAUUCAAAUAUUGCAGGUGUUUAGGAAUAUUACAUUUUCUGUGUUUAUUAGGGAUCAUGUCAGCCAGACCGGGAUUCUAUCGCCAGGAGCUGAACAAGACAGUAUGGGAGGUGCCCGAACGUUACCAGAUCCUCACGCCGGUCGGUUCGGGCGCGUACGGCUCCGUGUGCUCGGCCUAUGAUGUGCAGCUUCGUCAGAAGGUAGCCAUUAAGAAGCUCUCUCGGCCAUUUCAGUCUCUCAUUCACAGUCGGCGCACCUACAGAGAACUGCGAUUGCUCAAGCACAUGAAACAUGAAAAUGUUAUUGGAUUGCUAGAUGUUUUCUCUCCUGCAGCAUCACUAGAAGAAUUCAAUGAGGUCUACCUUGUCACUAAUCUGAUGGGAGCAGACCUCAACAACAUAGUCAAGUUUCAACGCCUUUCAGAUGAGCAUGUCCAGUUCCUCAUUUAUCAGUUACUUCGUGGCCUUAAGUACAUCCAUUCAGCUGGACUUAUACACAGAGAUCUAAAACCAAGCAAUGUAGCUGUGAAUGAAGACUGUGAACUCAGGAUCCUGGAUUUCGGAUUGGCCAGGCAGACAGAUGACGAGAUGACUGGAUAUGUGGCAACACGCUGGUAUAGAGCACCUGAAAUUAUGCUCAACUGGAUGCAUUAUAAUCAGACAGUGGACAUCUGGUCUGUGGGAUGCAUUAUGGGAGAGCUUAUCAAAGGGAAGGUCUUGUUUCCAGGAAAUGACUAUAUAGAUCAGCUGAAGAGAAUCAUGGAGGUGGUUGGUACCCCAAAUCCUGAGCUUCUGAAGAAGAUCUCUUCGGAGCACGCCCAGAAAUACAUCCAGUCUUUACCCUACAUGCCCCAGCAGGAUCUGGGAAAGAUAUUCAGAGGAGCCAAUCCACAGGCGGUAGAUUUGUUGAAGAGAAUGUUGGUGUUAGACUGCGACAGGCGGAUCUCCGCCACUGAAGCCCUGUCCCACCCUUAUUUCUCUCAGUACCACGAUCCUGAAGAUGAGCCUGAAGCACCACUAUAUGACCAAACCCCCGAGAGCAAGGACCGCACGCUGGAGGAAUGGAAAGAGCUGGUGUUUGAGGAAGUUAACAGUUUUAAAACUCCUGUCAACCAAACAGACACCCUCCAGGCCGAGCAGUAAAAGUCACUGUUCAACAUUCCAAAUCUGAGUCUAAACAACUACCCAAGAAGGACAAACUCUGUUGCUUUGUCUCUCAUAUGACUGAAGAUCCAAGGACUAGAAAACAAGAACAAUGCAUUCCAUAGGUGUAAAGUGUAUGUGUGUGUGUGUGUGUGUGUGUGUGUGUGUGUGUGUGUGUGUGUGUGUGUGUGUGUGUGUGUGUGUGUGUGUGUGUGUGAGACCUACAGUAUGAAUGCUGGAAAGAAAUAGGUCUCUACUUUCUAGAAUGCACAACCAAUUUAUUAUUAGAGCAUGUGUUUUUAUGUACUUUUUUUAUUACAAGGACGAUAUAAGAAUUGUGAAGCGAGGAACAGAUGUCAAUCAAACCAAGGCAAAGAGGAGAAUCUCUACCUGAAAUCUACAUGUUUACAGAGAAGGACUGAGAGAAAGGCAUUAACACUGCGUGAACAACACAAUGGGAAAAACAUGAAUGACGUGGGAUCAAAUAUAUUAUAGAAUUAUUAUACCUUGCUCAUUUAAUAAUAUUAAUAAUAAUAAUAAUAAUAAUAAUAAUAAUGUUAUUAUGAAGUUAAGUAUAUUGGUUUGUUGCACCAAAGACAAAAGGAAACCAAAUUACUUACAAAUAAUCCUAUACUGUAGGUGUGUGAUAAGUUAGAAGAAAAUCUGUUAUGAUGUGAAGGUUUUUUGCUCAUUGUUCAUUUGUCCCUCAUUAAAGGGAAGGAUCUGCUGACUGAUCACCUUUAUCGUAUUAUGAAACACUUCUAUUCUGAUAUUCACUGAAUGAUUUGAUGAGUGUGAUGUCCUGAUGAUGUGAAUCCUGCUAUGAUCUUAAACGUAACCAGAUCUCGAUGUAAAAGAAACGCUCAUGAGUGAUUUUUGAGAUCAUUGUUAAUCACUAUAAUUAAAACAUCAACUAUAGGAAUAUCAUAUUCAUCACCUCCAGUACAGUAAGUUACUGCAUAGUCUAGUAUUAGUUUUAGCUUCAGUUUUUCACCUUUAGAUUUUUCUAUGACUGUCAUUCAAAGUACACAGUAUACAUAUAGAGUUAAGUAAACAGUUAAGUACAUUUCCAUAAUUUGAAGUGACACUAACAACGGCUGAAAAGUCAAUGUUAAGAUAUUAGUUAACAAAUUGAUAUUUCUGAAUGUGAUCUAAAUGUUGAUGCUCUUCUUUAUAGCUCUAAAGAUCUCUUCAGUUCUCAUGCUGUUUAUUUGGAAUCUAUCUGGCAGUUUUUGUGUUUAUAUUUUUUCUCAGUAAUGGAUUUUAUUGUUGGUUUUGGUUACUGUAAACACCUUGAUAUAUUAAUUCACUCCUUAAAAGGUUGUGAAAGCUCUUUGACUCGAAAGCAAUUGACUCGACAUCCAGCAACCAACCAACCAAACAAACAAAAGCUUACGAAUACUGUAAGUAUGUUUGAAACACUCAUGCCUAACAUGAGUCGAAAAUAAACAUGGGUUUAAGUGAUUAAUUAAUGAACUCGAGCACUAAUAUAGGGAUGCGAUAUACCGCAACAUACAGCAUGUCCAUAUAUGAUAAUAUCUCACCAUUACAGAUCUUCUUUAUAUGCUUUUAUAUAAUAUCAACAGCUUUACAUACCUCAGUUGCUUUUGUGAGUGUGUGAAUGUGAAUUGUCUGACUUGAAAGUGAAAUGAUUUGUAUUGAGAUGUUGUAUGUUGUUCUUAAUACCUGUUCUUCCAAUGGCUAAGUGAACUGGUGCUUGAUUGCCUGUAGAGUGUCUCUCAGUGUAUUUGCUGCAGAACUGAAUAUCACUAUCAAGUGUUUUCAACACUUCACUCAAACACCGGUUAUUAAAGAAAUGUGAUCUCUAAUUGAGUUGGUUUGCACUGCACUGGUUAUGAAUUCUUUAGACCUCAAAAUGUUUUUUGCAAA